GUAGAAACUUAAACUCCGCGGUUACGCGAGCAGCGAUCGGCAAAACGCCGUCGUCGACUUAGAGGAGACUAGCUUCCUUGCUGCUUGACGCGCGGUUGCAGCUGAGCCAUAACGAGUGCAUACAACAGCUGUACACCAAAGCUGCACGAUGCGCAGCCUCGUCCUAGCGUGCGCGCUCACGACGGCUGCCGCCUGGCGCUUCCCGGGCCUCGCGCGCCCGCGGGAGGAGGACGUCAUCGAGAAAGUCGAGACCACCGGCCCGCGCGAGCUAACGAUCGAGACGCACGACUACGAGGCCCACGAGUCGACCAUGGUCCUGCCCUUCGAGGACACGCACGCGUGCCUCCUGCAGUCCCUCAAGGACUACCUCGAUACCCACGCUGAAGAUCAAUUCGAGUCGAAGAUCAUGCUCAAGAUCGGCGGGCACCGCGUCGACUCGAAUGCCGCGGACUACUUCAGGAUGAUGCCCGACGGCGUUUGUGCGCGGCGUCCUACCUUUCUGCGACGCGGCGAUGGCGUCCGCGGGGGCACCGCGACCCUCCCAUACGCCAUCGACGCGAUGCCCGCAGGUCAUCUCCAAGACGCUCAUCCACUUGAUGGAGCGGCCGCCGGGGCGCACGUCGCGGCACAUCGAGCGCAUCAUCGGGUCGCAGAAGACGUUGAGAUUGCAGGACCUCCUGAUCCUCGCGACGGACACGGAGUCGCUCCACCCGGACAUCGACACGGACAUCGUGCUGUUGUUAUCUGUGUGGAAAUGAAACUUUGGGCGGCCCGCGCCAUCGACGUGCUUCCCUAGCUGCGUCUGCUUGUUGGCGCGGCGAUUCCACGCCAUCAACGCGACGUUGUCCCCGUGGCCGCGUCGGCUCGAUCGCGUAUAACCUAACUCACCGGUCGAUCUUCGCACAGGUCGACGGACUUCUCGGAGAUCCACCCCUGGCUCGUGGUCUGGCACGGCAACGAGGUGCCCGUCCUGCAGUACCUCCACGACCACAACUACGUCUGCUACAAGGAGGGCCACGAGCACUGGUGCGUCGGCGGCCAGCGCGCGAUCGCCGCGGGCCUGACGGAGUUCUGCGGCUGCCAGCAUAUCUACGCGGGCUGCCAGGCGUUCCCCGCCGACCCCGCGGCCACUCCGCCGCCGACGGACGAGGACUAGAGAAGUCUUUCCCCCCUUCCUUUUCCCCGUGGUAUACGUUCUUCCUUUGUUGA